AUGCCGGGCAUCGGAAAUCUAGGCCCGGCCGUCGCGCAAAACAAACGGCUUUGCUCCGUGUGCCACGACCUGGACCGAGACAAGAUCCCGAACAAGACCAACGAUGCUCUUGUCAGUCUGGUUUGCCCACUUGGACAACUUCUCCAAGCCAGCAAGAAGGGAUGCCAGACAUGCUAUGCCAUCCAAGAGGCCGUCAUGCGCGUGGGAAAAAUCGAUCCGGCCACGACCGAGAUAAAGCUCGGCGUGUCCCUUGUUUGCAUUUAUAUCGGGCACCUCGUCCGAGUGGCGGCCGUCGUUGCCUGCAACGGCCCCGGAGGCACCAUGCUUCCCAUACAAACCACCUUCGAGAUGUUCACAAUACCAGGAAAGCCAUCUCCCUGGCCGGCGUUUGGCCCGGCCAGAAAUAUCGUUCCGAGGUUGCAUUCCAAGCUUCGAAAGAAACUCGUUGGCGCUUGGAUCAACGAUUGCACUGCAUCGCACUCACUCUGCCACGAAACUUAUGGUCCCAUCCAUGAUGCCAUGAGGUUGCAUCCUUUGCGGUAUCUCGACCUGGGCAGCAAUCCCCGGAACGGUCUCAAGCUCGUCGAUGCCGCCUCUUCUCCCGGCUCCUAUGUCGCCAUCAUCCAUGGGGUUGAUGGUCCGCUGCCGUCUCCUUCGUCGCUCACGACACUCGAGAAUCUGGAGGCCCGCCAGAAGAGCAUCCAGUGGUGGCAGAUCCCGUUGGCUCUACAGGAAGCCUUGGCCGUUGCCCAUGAACAGGACGUGCGGUACGCUUGGAUUCCAGACUUUUGCGUGCUUCACGACGACGAGCAAGACCGCGUCUGGCAUUUGGACCGGGAAGAUAGCAUCUUCCAGCUUGCGCAUUUCACCAUUGCCCUGACCGACAUCAAAGACCUCAGAUUCGGCAACUUUGGCCCGGGCCGCAAAAUCACAUCGCCCGAGGCCGACUCGGACGAGUCGAGUGCGUCCAUCACGGUUGAAGUCAGCCACCGUGGCCGAAAAUAUCCCAUCCAAAUUCGCCAGACCAUGCAUUGGAGCCACUGGAUCAUGGCUGAGAUGGGCAUGCUGCGACCGCUCAGGGCCGGCGGCAAGCUCACAGACGUCGCCGAUCGCCGCAUGGGACUCCUACGGCAUGCACCGUCGUUCCAACGCCUUUUGUUCUCGCGCCGGCUGCUCCAUCUUCACGGUUCAGAGAUGGUGUGGGAAUGUUUCGAAAGCAUGAGGUGCGAGUGUGAUGACCAACACUACCUGAAGGAGCUCAACAGCAUGCCCAGCCUCCCAAAGAGUAAAUUCCAUGCCACAGGCUACGUCAACAGCAUGAGCGAUGUAUUUGAUAUGUACAUGAGCCUGCCCAUCCCCGACCCCAGCGAUAGACUGGUUUACAUGGCAGCAAUGACUCGCUACACUGCCAUGAUUCACCAGCAGCGGUACAUUGCUGCCCUCCCGGCGACAAACGCGACAGGCCUGGCGGAGUCUCUCCUUUGGAACUUGGGCCCCGUCUCGGAUAAGUUUGCUGACGCGCCCAGCGGUGGAAGCCAAAGCCGUCGUCAUCACAGCCAUCGCAUCCCAACAUGGUCCUGGGCGUCCAUGGUUCUCGAAAAGGGUCAAACCAUUCAGAGAGCCGAAUCAAUGAUACCCGGCAUCGAGCUCGGCACAAUCUCGUUCAACACGCUUUUUGCCGUAUGGGCAUCUCGAUCCUGCCCGACGCCGGGAAGCCGCGGAGACGGUAUAAUGGGGUGCUGUUUCCAACUCGGUGUGGACGCGGCUCUCUUUCAAGCGACCGGAGUCUUCGUGCCGGGAACCGAGGACGAUCUGAUGCUCGCCCCAGCAGAAGGCAUCCCCAGCGAGAAGUCCAAACUCGCCAGGUUCUGGCUGGAUUGUGAGGUGCAUAUGGCCAAGCUCAGGGCCGGAGAGGUUGGCUCGGAGUUCUACUUCAUGCCAUUGGCCCAGAUGAGAGUCAAGGAUAAUGACCUGUCGCCCGAGAACUACUGUUUCGCAUUCGAUGCGCCCAUGAACGUCGGCUUGGUGCUGCUUCCCAGCGGAAGAGGUCACGCGCCGCCGGGCGGAUUCGAGCGGGUCGGAGUCUUUGCAGUGUCAACAGACCUUCCCUACUGCGAUGGGGCCCUUAAUUCCCGGCUUUUCCUCGUUUGA